GUGAAGUUAACAGCUUGUACAGAUUUUAUACAAAGCGUUUUGUGUGUGGGGGGGGGAGGUGUUCAGUGUUGUGUAGGCAUAAAUAACCAGGGCACCGAACAUAAACCCUUUUAGAUCAACUGUUUCGUUGAAAGGGGACCACAGCUAGUUUUAGACACACAAGUCUCGCAACAAAGCAGACUGCGCGCUAGCCGCCAUGCUAAAAGCUUAUCACUACAGAAAUGCGCUGAGCUGAAAAUAUUAACGUAAACUGGAGUCGUCUGCGUUGCCAGGGGAGACAAUAAAUACGUUGUCAGGGGGGAGACGUGAAAUCAGUCUCUUAAUAGUUAGCGGAAGGGAUAAUAACCAGGGGGAGCGGUCAUAAAUACAUCUUGAGGUUUGAGUCGCAACUUACUGAUACUGUUUUAUGUGGCCAACAAGCGUUUGCUAAAAUCGUCCUGCUUAAGUGCGAAUUGGAUUAUUGUGAAGAUUCAACUUGUCAUUAUGGCGAAAAUCGUGGGGAAAAGACGCACGGAGACUUGCGUCCUGAAAUGUAAAAGAGGGCAGCUAACCAACUAGCUUCUCGUACGGGGUUCACUGCGAACUAGUGUGGUCACAUUGCUAGUUUGUUUGUCGUUUUCAAGGGGCCAGUUUUCACUUUUCGUAAAGCAAAAGUAGUCGACCACCCACACAGCAUAUCUCAAAGUGUCUGGAGUAGCUUUUAGUGCCCACUUGGCCAGCAGGCUAAUGAGGUAGCUUAGCCAAAAGCUAACGUUGUAGCUACACAGUAACUACAGUGAGCUCUUGUUGUUACUGGGGUUUUUUAAUUGACAGAAGUUGAUCGAGCAUCGACUAACAAUGGCAGCAACCACAAACGAGUCCGUGUUUUUGAUAAAGGACGUGAAGCCUGGCUCGAAAAAUUUGAAUAUCGUCUUCAUCGUUUUGGAAAUAGGGCGAGUCACCAAGACGAAAGACGGUCAUGAGGUUCGCUCGUGUAAAGUGGCAGACAAGAGCGGGAGCAUCGCCAUCUCUGUUUGGGAUGAACUCGGCAGCCUGAUCCAGCCAGGCGACAUCAUCAAGCUGACCAGGGGCUAUGCAUCAAUAUGGAAAGGCUGCUUGACGCUAUACACUGGAAGAGGAGGAGAUCUGCAGAAGAUUGGAGAGUUCUGCAUGGUGUAUUCAGAAGUUCCAAAUUUCAGUGAACCAAACCCAGACCUUCUAACCCAAUCAAACCAGCAAAACAAGCCUGGUAAACCAGAUGGGAAUCAGAGGGGAAACUCUCCGCCCAAUCAGAAUUCAGGUACACCUGCGCCACCAGGAAAUGGUGCCAUGCCCCCGUUUGCCAACAAUAACAACAACAACCCACCGCCUGGUGUACCACGUGAGGCUGGGUAUGGGGGCAUUGGGCGACCCAAUGGUCGCUCACCUGGAAAUGGAGCAUCUCCAGUUACAGCUGCAGGACCUCCAACUGCAGCAAAGUCUUCAGUUACCAUUACCAACGGCAGGGACCCACGACGUGCCAAAAGAUGAAAGUGGGUUUAUGGGGGAUCAUGGGGGGAAAUGAUGGACAGUUCCAUGUCUCCCAUCCCCAUUUUUAAAAAAAAAACAUUUGUGCCCCCUCCUCGUCACAGCCUAUGCUGGCUUUCAGAAUAAUGAAUUGAAUUGGAGACUACGUCAUUAGAGACUUGCAUCAUUUUUUUUUUUUUUACAGGCUUAUCAACUGUGUUGGAUUUUCAGCGUAGUGCACUCAGUAAGCAGCACAAUGUCAUUGUGAUCUACCACUUGAUGCACUAUCAGGACUUCUUACAUAGCUGAGCCUCGGAUGCUUGAGUUGUGGUCUGCCUUCUGCACCCCUGUCCUCUGAAUCUCACUAGAACUUCUGCCAGCUCUGUGCCAGUGUCACCUCCCCCUGCCCUACCCUGUUAUAUUCUUUCAAACUAUACACCCUACUUGAACACUUGACGCACUUUCUUCUCUUAACUUAUGUUGGCAAUGUUGCCUGUCAUUUAAAUCAGGAAAUCGAUUUCUACUUUCUAGUGGAAAGGCCUUAAGUUGGUGAAAAUUUGUUUUGUGACUGAAUGCAGGAGUGACAUUUCUCUUUAAACCAAACUGUAUCUGAAGUGACUGUGACGGGAAAGGUGUAAGUUUUGACUAUUUUAAGAAUAGAAUUAUGAGACUUUUGUUUUUUUCUUAGGACAUGUUUUUCUUGGUCAUUGCUAUCAAUUGUACCAUAGCCAAGGUGGGACCACGUAAAAACUGGCAAAACGGUUCACCGAAUAAAUUUUACAGAAAUUA